AUGAUGGACGCCGCAUCUUGGAACCAAGAUCCGGCCUUGGCGCCAUCCCACGAUGAAGAGUUUCAGCAGUUUCUGAACAUGGGAGGCAUGGGCAACUUGGGCGACUCGAUGGCCUUCGACUUCAACGACUUCCAGUCCAGAAGUGGCUCCGGCAUGAUGCACCCGUCCGGCCGUGAACAGCUCGACACACAGAUGGGAGGAACCGACGCCAAUAUGGUCAUGAGCAACGCCAAUGCCGCCAUGCAGUCGCAGCUCAUCAACAUGACCACUGCAGCUGCGCACCCUGCCAUUCCUACGCAACUGAUCCCUCCGCCGACUCCCACGGAUGCCAUUACCGAAAUCGAUGCUCAGAUCCAGUAUCUGCAGCAGCAGCGCGUCCAGCAGCAACAUCGCCAGAUUCACGAGCAGCACGUCUACUACACCAACCAGCAUGCGGUUCCCCCAACCCCGCAGAGUCUCGAAAUGCCUCCCGCUAGUAAUCAAUUUUAUUCGGAUCAGAGCCGAACCCCAAUGUUCGACAACCGGUACCAGCGGAUGAAGGAGCAGCAAGAUAUGGCCUUUACUCCUUUAGUGUCACCUGCCGUCACGCCGUUAGAUCCCCAUUUCCAGAUGGAAGCUGGUGGCUUUACCAUUCCUGGCGCAUACUUCAGCCCUCUUACCUCUCCAGCCCUUCAUGCGCAAAGUGACCAAGGGCUGUUGUAUGACCGCCGCUCGUCUCUGUCGGCGCACAACUCCCCCGCCGAGAUGGACGUUGAGACAUCGGCAAACGCGCAGCCUGCGGCGAUGGAUUUGGCCAAGAAAGUUCGGAAGAGCAACGCUAGAGUAAAGGCCAAGUCGAGUGUUCGCCAGUCUCCCAUUACAAAGCCUCAGCGGAAGAAGGCUGGCCCGACACCAAAGAUGGUAUCGCAAGCCCUCACUGAGAUGCAGGAAGUGAACGAAGAUGGGCUUGAUCAGAUGCUGCCUUCGACGGCCUUGCCUGCCCCUAUGAGCAGCGAAGAAUCCGAAAACGCAUCAGUAUCACCUGAGAACCUGUCCGACAUGCCGCCCCCACCACUUCCCCAGAAGGCGUCGAGCAAAUCUCCAUUCAUCCAGCCCCAACCUCAGCCCCAGCCGCACCCCGCGAUUCCGGCUCACAUCCAAGGAAAGCCCUCGCCCGCCACACCAGCUUCCCUCAUGAAGCUUCCCUCUUCCAGCGCGAACAACUCAGCAGCGUCAAAUCCUCAAGACCUUGGGCCUUCGGAUCAUAUCGAAUCCUUCGAACUUCCCGAGUCCGUCAACUUCAACUCAAGACCCCAGCCUCCACGAAUUGAUACGGCAACACCGACCCAGUCGCCGUCAGAUCCUGGCUCGGCUAGGGCUUCGUCGUUCCAGCCGCUGCCAUCUCCCAUCUUUGCGAAACCGACUGCCGCUGCUUCAGCGAGCGCAAGCCCGAACCUCGCACCGGGCUCCACGGGUCCCUCGGCGCGCAGGACGCCCCAACUGUUGGCAGGGGGAAGCAAGGGUGGCGGGAAGAGGGGAAGUGUCAGCUCGGUUCACGUCUCUCCUGCUCUGCGACCCAGGAUAUCACCUAGCAUCAAGCCGCUUUUGCCUGGCACGCCCGGCGGAAUGUCCGCCGAGGAUACAGCCUCCCGCCUUUUGGCUUCCAAGUCAAACUACCAGAACAUUCUCGAAGGCAACACUGUUCCUGGCGUCACUUACCCGAGCGAGUUAUCGACGAAUCUCACAUCCAAGCGCACAUCCCACAAGAUCGCGGAACAGGGCCGGAGAAAUCGCAUCAACUCGGCCUUGCAGGAGAUCGCAACACUCCUUCCUCAGCCGCCAAAGGAGUCGGGCGAAAGCGACAGCGCGGACAAGAAGGAGAAAGACAAGGCGGGAGGCGCGCCGAACAGCAAGGCCAGCACUGUCGAAUUGGCGAUUGAGUAUAUCAAACAGCUCAAGCAGGAGGUUGCCGAGGCCAACAAGAGGGCCGAAGAGCUCGAGAAGAAGCUGGAGCGCAUGGAGCCGUCAGGAAGCACGGAAGCUGUUGAACAAAAAGAAAGCUCGACAGAGUAA